CUUGUUUUGAAAGCCAAGUGACAGCAGUGUCUCGUUUGCCAUAAACCUCUGAAUCUGGAGAUAACUACAGGCAAGUGGUGUCUGUGUUAACCACUAAUAUGUCAUUAGAUCCAUGCGAUAACAUCAUACUAAUCACCGAUUCAUAUAAGAUCACUCAUUGGAAGCAAUACCCGCCGAAGACAACGAGACUCUACUCAUACUUCGAGAGCAGAGGCGGACGUUUCGAUAACACCGUCUUCUUUGGUCUUCAAUACAUACUCAAGAGAUAUCUCUGCGGACGAGUCAUCACCGAUGAGAAGAUCACUGAAGCCAAAGAGUUUUGUCGCAAACACUUCCAGAGGGAGAACCUGUUCAACGAAGACGGCUGGAAGCAUAUACUCCGUCAACACAAUGGUUACCUCCCACUGAAGAUUAGGGCAGUGCCCGAGGGAUCAGUUAUUCCCACGCAGAAUGUGUUGUUCACUGUGGAGAACACGGAUCCAGCGGUUCCAUGGAUUACUAAUUGGUUUGAGACACUUCUGCUCCAGUGCUGGUACCCCAUGACUGUGGCCACCCUUUCCCGGGAACAGAAGGUCAUUAUCGCUCAAUACAUGAGCGAAACGGCCGAUUCGUUGGACAGGGUUUGCGUACAAUUACAUGACUUCGGAUACCGUGGGGUCUCAUCAGUCGAACAAGCAGCCAUUGGAGGCGCCGCCCAUUUGGUGAACUUCACGGGAACCGAUACACUCGCAGGCAUUCAAUUGAUAUCCAAAUACUAUGGCGAAGAUAUGGCCGGCUUUUCUGUGCCGGCCACAGAGCACUCAACAAUGACCGCUUGGGCCGCGUCUGAGAAUCCAAAUGCACUCUUCGAUGGCGAACUCAAAGCCUGUGAAUACAUGCUAAAGGAGUUCCCCUCGGGCAUCAUAUCCGUGGUGUCCGACAGUUACGACAUAUACGAGUGCUGCGAAAAGAUUUGGGGCCAAAAGCUCAAGGAACUGGUCAUCGAAAGGGGUCGCACCGCUGGUAACGUACUGGUCAUACGUCCCGAUUCGGGAAAUCCGGUCGAAGUGUUGCCAAAAAUCCUGGAAAUCCUAUACGAGGCCUUCUGCAGCGACUGCACUAUAAACAGCAAACAAUACAAAGUACUGCCAAACUAUUUGCGGAUCAUACAGGGGGACGGCAUCAGCAUAGACUCCCUGCGCACCAUAUUGGAGCGCAUCAAAGAGACCCGGUUUAGUGUCGAGAACUUCGUGUUCGGGUCGGGCGGUUCCCUCCUCAUGAGGGUUCACAGGGACACCAAUCGGUGUGCAUUCAAGUGCUCGUACGCCGAGAUUGAGGGCAUUCCCGUCAAUGUCUACAAAGACCCCAAAACCGAUCCCAACAAGUCGUCCAAAAAGGGAAUCCUAAGCCUCGAGUUCAACCAAACGACCGGCAAAUUCGUGACUCACGAGGAGCAACAGAAUCCCGACAAACGCGUCCACAUUAAGGACCUCUUGGAGACCGUCUUCGAGAAUGGAGUGCUUCUCAAGGAAUACACGUUCAAAGACAUCAAAGAAAAUGCAAAAGUGGUUAUCAAUGGCCAACGAAUUUGAUGUCCACUCGAAUGUCCGAAACAAAGACAGUAUUUUAAGCAACAAUUUUAUACUUUAC